AUGUCACCGGUCGCCGUCAUCUCCAGCACGGUGGGCUGGAUCUACGUGCUUCUCUGGUCCAUUUCCUUCUACCCGCAAGUCCUCACCAACCUGAAUCGUAAAUCGAGCUCCGGCCUAUCCAUAGACUUCACGCUACUCAAUGCUCUGGGUCUGACAGCCUACACCGUAUUCAAUGCCGUGCUCCUAUAUUCGCCCGUUGUUCGCGCCCAAUAUGCCAGUCGGUUACCGGGAAGCCCGACGCCCCCGGUGCAAUUCAAUGAUCUAGUCUACGCGGCGCAUGGGGCAGGAAUCUGCCUGAUCAUGUUUAGCCAGACGCAAUGGCCGCAAAUGUGGGGGUUUCGUGGAUCAAAGGCGGCUCUUAGCAUGGGUGCGAUAGGGGUGUUCUGGGCCUGCAUUGGUGUCAUCUUUGCUGGUGUUGGUAGCGUUCUGGUUGGGGUUUUCGAACGGUGGGAGUGGCUUGAUGUGGUGUACACGAUAGGAAAUAUAAAGCUCUUCCUCACGGUCGGGAAAUACGCACCCCAAGUGGUCCACAAUUACCGUCGCCAGUCAACUGAGGGAUUCAGCAUCUAUGCCAUUCUUUUCGAUUUCACGGGCGGCUUGCUCUCAGUGCUACAAUUGCUCUUGGAUAUUAGUGAGCAAGGGAGCUGGUCUCAGAUGAGCACAGGAAAUGGUGCGAAGUUCGCACUGGGAAAUGUUUCAAUGGUGUUUGAUAUCACGUUCAUGGUGCAGCAUUAUAUCCUGUAUCGGCAUCGGAGUAAGGGCAAGGCAAGGCGGGAUGAAAGAGUUCCGUCAGAGGAGGAUCCAUUGCUGGAAAAUCAGGAGACAUGA